UUGGAAAAAUACAAUGUAAUAAAAUAGUAAAUAACAUGUACAAAAGUCAUUGAAAAAAAAAUUAGUGUCACUUCAAAUAGCUGAUCCAGUCAUUUGACAUCUAAGUUUAGGAUCAAAUGCCUAAUUAUCGUUAGCAUUCUUCUGAAGUUAAAGGGAAUAUUCUGUAUUUGGGCAACUCAUAAAAUAGAAAAAAGAAACAAACAAACAUUAAUUAAAAAGAUUAGUUAUCUAGAAUAGAAAUAAUUAAUUUAAUGUGUGGAAAAGCAGCUUGAACCAACCGACAUUGAAGGAGAAGCAUAGAUUAGUUUUCUUGGCUUGGAAUUGAAGGGAUAUGAAUAGGUAUGGCAGUUAGAACCACUCUCUCCUUUCCUCUCUUUCACUCCCUCACACACACACACACACACACACACUCUUUCUCUAAGUCUCUCACAAACACACACACUCUCACACACAAACGAACGAACAAACAAACACUCACACAAACACAACUCAAAAACGUACUCUUGAUGUACGGACGUCCAUCCCUUGGUUGUGGCUUUGACUCGGCGGCGCCACCUCCACAGAAAAAGUCUCUACCCAUCUAACCCUCCGUCCACAUGUCACAAUGUCAUCACAGCCAAAGCUCAUCAAGAACUCUCACACCCCUCCUCCCCUCUCUCUCUCUCUCUCUCUCUCUCUCUCUCUCUCUCUCUCUCUCUCAUAUCCGCAAAUUCAAUCCAAACCAACACUUUCAACUAAAAACUAGGACUAGAAACUCCUAAUUAUCACCAUACAACCCCACGAUUCCGUACACUACAAGAACAAACACCUUCCUUUUCUCUUCCAUUCUUGACCCACUUCCAUCAUCACCCCUUUUCUCUAGCUUUUUUUUUUUUUUUUUUUUGGUUUUAAAUUUGCUUUCCAUUGUUUUUGGGGGUUUUUUUGUUGUUGUCUUUUUAAUUUAAUGGCUUUGAUUGUGGACCAGCAAUCAAGCUUCAAACACUUUUGUAAAAUUUGCAAGAAAGGAUUUGGGUGUGGUAGAGCGCUAGGAGGGCACAUGAGGGCACAUGGAAUAGGGGAUGAAGGUCACAUCGACGACGACGAUCCUCCGAGUGAUUGGGAGGACAAACUCGGCGGCAAUGUUCCAUCAACCAACAAGUGCAUGUAUGCCCUAAGAACAAACCCUAAUCGCCUAAAGAGCUGCCGGGUUUGUGAGAAUUGCGGCAAAGAGUUCUUGUCUUGGAAAUCUUUCCUUGAACAUGGAAAAUGUAAUAGCUCCAUAGAUGCCGAACCCCUCAUGUCCUCCCCGUGCUCCGAUGGGGAGGAGGGGGCCAGCGGUCGGAGAGGAUGUGGGUGGUCGAAAAGGAAGAGAUCGAUGAGAGCCAAAGUGGGCAAUUUCAAUUCACACUGCCCAUCAAAUGAGGAAGAAGACCUUGCGAAUUGCUUAAUGAUGUUGUCCAAUGCCACGGUUGAUCCUAUGGAGGCUGAGCCGGAGGAGUCUUGUGCUUCAGCUAGCAAAGAAGAGGAAAGAAGAGAACCGAUGAACGUCAUGGCUCCUAUGUCACGUGGGGUGGCCACAGACAACAAUAAGGCCAAAGGGGUUGCCAACAAAGGCUUGUUUGAGUGCAAAGCAUGCAAGAAAGUGUUCAAUUCCCACCAAGCCUUGGGAGGUCAUAGGGCUAGCCACAAGAAGGUUAAAGGGUGCUUUGCCGCUCGGCUCGAUCACCUCGAAGAUAGUAUGGCCGACGAUGAUGUCAUCACACAUGAAGAAUUCUUCCCCAAUAAACCUAAUUCAACCCUACAAUUCGACCACGGCUCUAACACCCCGUCAGCCUAUACCUCGAAGAGAAAAGCGAAGGUGCACGAAUGUUCGAUAUGCCACCGGGUUUUCUCUUCCGGGCAGGCAUUGGGCGGACACAAGAGGUGCCAUUGGAUCACGUCCAACGCCGCGACAGACACGUCUACAUUAGCCAAGUUCCAUGAGUUUCAAGAAAGUUUGGAGCAGCAAAUGAUGAACCAAAGGCCUAAGUUUGAUGCUUCUUCGGAUCCACUUGAUCUGAAGCUUGAUCUUAACCUACCAGCUCCGGCAGAUGAGAAUGGUGGAGGAAGAAGAGAACGUCCCAAUCAAUCAAGCUUGGAAGUCUCGACAGAUUUCUUUUUACUACCAUGGAUUGGGACAAAAGAGGAGGACAAUCCCCAUCUUCACUCCUCCCACCAAAACGACAAUGACAACAUUAACAACGACGACAACAAUAACAACAACAACAAUACAAAUAAUAAUAACACUAGUAAUGAUUUUUCAAUGCAGAAUGUGGUUGAUGAAGCAGACAGUAAGGUGAAGUUAGCAAAGCUAAGUGAACUAAAGGAUAUCAAUACCAGUGGGGGCUCCUCACCAUGGUUGCAGGUGGGGCUUGGUUCAACAACUGAUGUUGGAGCUGAACCAUAAUUUCAUCUUAAGGAAAGUGAGAUUUUCUCAGCUCUAUCUCUCUCUCUUCUUUUCUUUUUUUUCCUCAAAGAUUUUUUGUAUGUAUCAAGAAAAACUGUAAUUAUAUAACAAAACAAGCUCAUAGUUCAAGAUUCUUUUUAAAUUUUAAAUUUUCCUUUUGAAUUGUUAAAUGUACAUUAUAGUGGGUCAAUUUAAUUAAGCCCCAAUCUCAUUUCAUGCAUAUGCAUGGCAUUUAUACUUCUAAUAAAACAUUGUAAUUUUCUAUAUAGUUUUUCUUGUUGAAAAAUUAUUUGAUUAAAAAAAAGGCUCCAAGACUACUGUCAUGAUAUCUAGGAAGAAUUCAUUAGUGUCAGUCACCACCACACACACACAAACUUCGUGAAAUUAUGAAUCUUGGGUUCCUAAGGGGACCUCUAUGUAAUCUGCUUUAGAAUUCCAAAAAAAAAAAAAAAAAAACACUUGGUGAAAAUAAUUAUAGUUUAGUUCUUUCUUUCUCAAUGAGCUGAUGUUUUUGGUGCUGGUCUUAUACUCAUGUCUAAGAAUGUUUCGUUUUAAAACUUUCAUUUAAUUAUCUUUUUAUCAUAAAUCUUUAAAUAAAAUUUUAAAAAACUUCAAAAUACAAAAGUACGUGGGUUUAUACAUCAGUACAACAUCAACAUUAAAAUUAUCAGCAGAUUAUCACAUUUGGUUUAAGGUUAGGAUUCUGUAAAAUAUUUAUCCUCAUUUAUGAGAAAGAGUUCAAUAGUUCAAUAUAUCCUCAUUCGAUAUGAAAUAAAAAUAAAAGAAACUUUAGUAAUGCCCCCUCAAUACUUUGUCCCUUAAACAUUAAAACAUUCAAUUUGGUUCUGAAACCCCCAGAACUUUCAAU